GCGGUGUCGGUCCUCCUGUGAGUAGUGGUGUCGUUCCUCCUAAACACCCACCUGAAGCUACGAGCUUUUGGGAAAAUUUUGAGUUAGAAAGACAGUUGGCGAUAAAGGAGGUAAAAAAAAAAUUUGUAUGGAAUGCAACCUUAUCAUUAGGAGUGAAUUUCUUUAAAAAUUUCUACUGCUUGUUGGUGAGCAGACCAAAACCAUCAGCAGAGGAUGAUGAUCCAUUCAUAAACAAUAAUAGAACCGAAGGAUUUACACAUUCGAAAGCUACACCAUCAUCAUUAGGUUCACAAUCCUUGGAGAUGCCAAUUGGGAGCUACAGAAUGACUAGUGAUAUAAACGAUGUUAAUAAUUCCGAGUGUGAUAUACCACGUACUCCGCCUCAUCAAAUUCGCUCUACAUCUAAAAAUCAAGACUUACUUGAACGACUAAGACAAGAAAAAGAGCGAACGAAAUCCACGUAUGAACCAAUCUGCUCAAACAUAAUCGACACAACAAACAAGCUUUUAAUGGAUAGAUUGCAGAUCAAACGUGAUUAUACAUGGGAUCCCGUCACUAAUGAGGCUACAAAAUAUAUUGAUGAAUUAAUCGAUAACCAAACUUCAACUUCCAUUUGUUCACCAGAUAAAACAUAUUAA